CUGCAGCGCGAGGCGGCGGAGCGGCGCUGAGGCUCCGGCGGGAAGGCGGUAGAGGGUGGGUGAGGCCGCUAGGAUUGCGUGGGCUGCGGAGAGGGGUCUCACAGGGCCGCCCCCAUGUUGCGUUUUCCGACCUGUUUCCCGUCCUUCCGGGUGGUGGGAGAGAAGCAGCUGCCGCAGGAGAUAAUUUUCCUGGUCUGGUCACCCAAGCGGGAUCUCAUCGCUUUGGCCAACACGGCGGGCGAGGUUUUACUUCAUCGACUUGCAAGUUUUCAUCGAGUUUGGAGUUUUCCACCCAAUGAAAAUACAGGAAAGGAAGUGACCUGUCUGGCAUGGAGACCAGAUGGCAAACUUUUGGCGUUUGCUCUUGCUGACACCAAGAAAAUUGUUCUGUGCGACGUAGAGAAACCUGAAAGCUUGCACUCCUUCUCUGUGGAGGCGCCAGUGUCUUGUAUGCAUUGGAUGGAAGUGACUGCAGAAAGCAGUGUUCUAACAUCCUUUUAUAAUGCUGAGGAUGAAUCAAAUCUUCUCUUACCUAAACUGCCCACCCUGCCAAAAAAUUACAGCAACACCUCAAAAAUUUUUAGUGAAGAAAAUUCUGAUGAAAUUAUUAAGCUUUUGGGAGACGUCAGGCUUAAUAUUCUUGUCCUCGGAGGAAGCUCUGGAUUUAUUGAGCUUUAUGCAUAUGGAAUGUUCAAAAUUGCUCGAGUCACAGGGAUCGUUGGUACUUGUCUUGCAUUGUGUUUAUCCAGUGAUUUGAAGUCAUUAUCAGUGGUCACAGAGGUUUCUGCUGGCGCUGCUUCAGAGGUCUCAUACUUCCAGCUUGAAACCAAUCUACUGUACUCUUUCUUACCUGAAGUAACUAGGAUGGCUAGAAAGUUUACUCACAUUUCAGCACUUUUACAGUAUAUAAAUUUGUCACUAACAUGUAUGUGUGAAGCCUGGGAAGAAAUACUGAUGCAGAUGGAUUCUCGCCUCACCAAGUUUGUGCAGAGAGAAAAGGCUCCCCUCGCAUUGGGACAACCUAGGUGGGGACGGGUCUGUGAAGUGGAGCCAGUGGGGAGUGGAGAGUCAGGACAGGAGAAGAGCACAACCACUUCCGUACAGGAUGAAUUCAUGCACUUGCUGUUAUGGGGGAAAGCAAGUGCUGAACUUCAGACCCUCUUAAUGAACCAGUUAACAGUAAAGGGCUUAAAGAAGCUUGGCCAGUCUAUAGAGUCAUCAUAUUCCAGUAUACAAAAAUUGGUUAUAAGUCACUUACAGAGCGGUUCCGAGUCUUUAUUAUACCAUUUGAGUGAACUGAAAGGAAUGGCUUCAUGGAAGCAAAAAUAUGAACCUCUUGGACUAGAUGCUGCAGGAAUUGAAGAUGCUAUUACUGCUGUGGGUUCUUUCAUACUCAAGGCAAAUGAACUUCUUCAAGUUAUAGAUAGUAGUAUGAAAAACUUCAAAGCAUUUUUUCGCUGGCUUUAUGUGGCAAUGUUGAGAAUGACAGAAGACCACGUGCUUCCAGAGCUGAAUAAGAUGACUCAGAAAGAUAUCACAUUUGUUGCUGAAUUUCUUACUGAACAUUUCAAUGAGGCUCCAGACCUUUAUAAUCGAAAAGGAAAAUACUUCAAUGUUGAAAAAGUUGGUCAGUACUUGAAAGAUGAAGAUGAUGAUCUCGUGUCACCGCCUAACACAGAAGGAAACCAGUGGUAUGAUUUUCUUCAAAAUAGCAACCACCUUAAAGAAAGUCCUUUGCUGUUUCCUUAUUAUCCCCGAAAAUCAUUGCAUUUUGUGAAAAGGCGGAUGGAGAACAUUAUUGAUCUGUGCUUGCAAAAACCAGCAGAUGUCAUUGGAAAAUCGAUGAAUCAAGCAAUCUGUAUUCCAUUAUACAGGGAUGCUAGAAGUCAGGACUGUACACGCAGAUUAUUCAAAUUUCCUUUUCUGUGGAAUAAUAAAACCUCAAAUCUACAUUAUCUUCUUUUUACUAUUUUAGAAGAUUCACUUUAUAAAAUGUGCAUUUUAAGGAGACAUACUGAUAUUUCCCAAUCUGUAAGUAAUGGACUAAUUGCUAUUAAAUUUGGGAGCUUCACGUAUGCCACAACUGAAAAAGUGAGACGAAGCGCCUACAGCUGCUUAGAUGCACAGUUCUAUGAUGAUGAGACUGUAACAGUAGUUCUGAAAGACACCGUGGGGCGCGAAGGGAGAGAUAGACUUCUGGUCCAGUUGCCAUUAUCUUCAGUGUAUAACAGCGAGGAUGCCUCAGAGUAUCAGUUCACGGGGGCUUACUCCACAAGGCUAGAUGAACAGUGCAGUGCUAUUCCCACACGUACCAUGCAUUUUGAAAAGCAUUGGCGAUUACUGGAAAGUAUGAAAGCACAGUAUGUUGCUGGGAAUGGUUUUCGCAAAGUGUCCUGUGUGUUAAGCUCAAAUCUCCGUCACGUAAGAGUAUUUGAAAUGGACAUAGAUGAUGAAUGGGAGCUUGAUGAAUCUUCUGAUGAAGAGGAGGAAGCCAGUAAUAAGCCCGUGAAGAUAAAGGAAGAAGUGUUGUCGGAGUCAGAGGUUGAGAACCAGCAGGCCAGUGCUGCCGCGUCUGCUCCGGAGAUAGUCAUCAAAGUGGAAAAACUUGACCCUGAGCUGGACUCCUAAUCUAGCUUGCCCUGAUUUUGUGUGUCCUCAUUAUGUCAGGAAGGACAUGGGAGAUGGGUAAAGAUGUUUUGGAUCACUUUUCAUUUUCUUUGUAUAACAAAGAAAUAAACCAUACAUUUUAUUUUUCCUUA